CGCGUCGGUCGGGCGGCAUCCGGCGAUUGUUCGGCCGGGAACGAUGCACUUUCGGGGGUGCAUCGUUACAAAUUGAAAUUAACCUUAACCAUUGACAGACUGUCAAUGUAUUAAUUUAUAAACUUUUCGAAAAGUUAAAAAAGAUUCAAAUGUUAGAACGCGAUCGUGUGGAAAGUGUUAAACGACUGUGCAGAAGUACUCGCAGCUAUGCGUGAAGCUAAGAAGUUGAAAAUUGAUAAAUUUGAUAAAAAUUACAACAUAAAGUCUGCAUAUGAAGGACGAUGUAUCGUGGAAUUAGCAGAGCUAGGAAAAGAUUUAAAAUGCUGUUCUUGUAAAAAAGUUUUAUCUUUAGAAAAUAUAGUAAACAAGAAACGUAAAGGUCUUUUCUUUAUUUUGGUGGUUGACUGUAACGAAUGUAAUGUAUUGACUAAAGUAUCUACGGGAAAGGAACAUUAUGUAACUAUGUUAGGUAUUGUACAUGCUGACAUUGGAUAUACAUCUUUAAAUAAAUUAUUGGCUUGUUUAAACAUUCCUUUAGUUUCCCCAAAAUAUAAACAACACCAACGAGAAAACAAAAAGUCUAGCUAUAGAAAUGAUAACAAAAGAAUCCUGCAAACAAGGCCAAAAGAAAUAGUAGAAGAGAUUUAUCCUCAUAUGUGUAUCCUACAGAGUUCCAUAAAUAGUAAUCCUUCAAACUCCAUUAAUGACAACAAUAAUUCUAAAGAAAACACUGUAAAAUUUGAUGAGGCACUAGGCAAUAUUGUAAAUAUUAUUGUAUCCGGCAAAAUAAUUGAUUAUGCAACGCGCAAUCGUAAAUGUCGUCGUUGUGACAAGGGUCACGCAACAAACGAUCACGAUUGUCGGAAAAAUUUCCAGGAAAGCGCAAAGGCAAUGAAAGCUGAUGUAGGCGCUGUUUUAAUAAAUAAUAGCUCAAUUUUUAAGAAUGCAGGACUAAAGACUGUUCGAGUCAUUGUAGGUGACGUGGACAGCUCGACUAUUGCUGUUAUCUGUCUUGGAAAUACUCACACGAUUGUUAAAUUAGCUGAUUCUAAUCAUCUUAAAAAGAAUUUUAAAAAAGAACUGUAUGAACUUCAAAAGAAAUAUAAAGAAAUGAAACAAAAAGACACUAUUCCUCAUAUUGUAAAAUGUUUCACGUACUCUAUUGCACAAAACAGAAGAGAAAGUGAAGCAUUAGCAAAUACUCUUAAUAGUAUUCCACAUCUGUAUGAUUGCCAUGAAAAUUGUUGA